AUUGUUAAAGAGGAGCCAGAUGAUGGAUUAAAAAAACUGGAGGAUUCAUUGGACAUUCUCUAUCACUUUCGACAUGUUGUUGAUGAGUAUCGAGCAAAUGUGAAGGAGUCCUGCAUUCGCCAUGGCAUUGAACCCACGGAAUGGUACUUCCACAAUAAUUGGAUCUUUAAACGUCUGAAUGCCUUCAUUGAGCGCCUGGAGCUCAUCAAGAAAUACUUCAACAGCAAUGUUGACUAUAAUCGACUGGAGAAGGUGGAAGUCUUGGGAAUUGUUGGUGCAAACCUCUCAAAGAGCCUUGCCGAUAUGUACGAGGAGUAUCAAAGUGCCUACAAAAAUUUCACUGAUCUCAAUAUGGAUUGUCUGUCCACGGAUGAUGAUGUCUUCCUCAAUGAAAUUCAAAAGUACUUCAAAACAAUCGAAAAUUACGAUCAUCGGAUGACCUCAAUUUUGUUACGAAGUUUCAGUAAUUGUCCUGAUACAUCUGCAAUGUUCAAGACUAUCUUCAUGUUUGGUCCUCUGUUGGAGCGCCCACUUAUUGCACCGCGUGUUGAGCACUGCUUCUACGAUCUUGUUGAAAUGAUGCACAGGGAUUUGGACGAAUGCAAACUCAUUUUAGAUCGACAUUCUGAUGAUGAGGAGAUGUUAAAACACGCCAUUUUUAAGAAUCUACCACCAGCUUCUGGAGCUAUGGCCUGGUCUCUCCAACUGUUGAGGCGGGCCAACGCCAUCAUGAAGCCAUUCCAACACAUCGAUCAUCCGGCUGCAAAAACAGAACGAGCAGACAAAUUGAAGCAGAAAUACGAAGAAUUAGUCACUCUUCUAUCCGAGUUUAGAGAAGUGAAGCUUAAAGAGCUAUGCGAUUCAGCCCCCGAGAAAUGCCGUGUCAAUCUUCAACUUCCACUCCUACGUCGGGAUUCAGAAAGUCGUCUUCUGGCAGUAAACUUUGACAAUCAGUUGGUUGAAGUGCUUCGUGAGGUGCACUACCUCCUCAUGAUGAGUGGUGAGGGUCCGUGCGAGCACGAAGUGUCUCCAGACUUCAAGACUGCAGUUCCAACUCCAAUGGACCAGAUUAAGGCAAAAUUACCUUCAGAGAGUAUUGAACUGUUUGAGAGAACAGAGCCGUUGCGUGAGGCGAGACUGAAGUUGAACCAAAUCGCCAACGCCUACAACACCGUUCUACAGCAGACCUACACCGUCGAGUAUCCCCUCAUUUCAACCAAUGUGGAGACCUUUGAUAAUAAUCUGGCUCCAGCUUUUAGUGAAAUGAAUUGGGAGGAUUAUAAGACAGACUUUAUUGACAGUAAUCUGGUGGUCAUAAGUGAUUUGCGGGAUCGUGUUCUGACAGCACACGAAAAUUUGAGCAAAAUUGGUGCAUUGGCGUCACUAUGGAACAAUCUUCCCCUCUACCAGGGCAAAGAGCGCAAAUUUGACUGUCUUAUUCCGUUGGAGGAUCGAGAUUCCAUUAGGGAGGCGCGGUAUCGUGAGAUGGUUGAUGCGGCAGACAAGAUUCUUCGACUUGUGGCA